UUUAUAUCCCCUCCCCUUCCUACUUCCAUCGUAACCUCAUAACAAUCAUACACAGACAACUCUAUAGUUUAAAGACUCCCCCUCUCCCCACUCACAUUCCCACACCACACCCUUCUUCUCCAACUAAAAAAAAAACGACAAACCCAUUUCCAUCAUCUUCUUCUUCUUCUUCUUCUUCUUCUUCUUCUUCUUCUGUAUUUCACCUUGUUUGAGCUAGCUUCUCUUAUCUUGUUUGUUUGUUUGUUUACGACUUACGUGGAGUGUAAAAUGCAAGCUUGUUCUUCCCGUGAUUCAAGACGAUUCUUUGGUGCUUAGUUGGAUCAGGGAAUUCAAUCUACAAGCUAGCUUCAAGCUUUCUGUCAUUUUUUUAAAGUAGGUUGAGGAUGGAAAAGGGUGGUGUUUUGGAGGGAAGCUCGGUAAUCAUCAAUGAGCUAACUCAGGGGAGAGAGUUGGCAGCCCAGCUGAAGGGGCAGCUCCUCGAUUCUUUUACGUCACCGGAGAUAUGUGAGCCACUGUUGGAGAAGAUCCUUUCUUCCUAUGAAAACGCACUCACACUGCUCAACUUCAAACUCUGUUUUGGAGACCCUAAUGCCCUGGAUUCCCCUCUUCCUCUCCUCGGUAAUAAUUCCACCGGCGAAGCCUCAGAUGGUGAUUCCUCCAAGGACCAAUGCCACCGUGAUGUCUUCAAGAAAAGAAAGACAUCUGCACAGUGGAGCAAACAAGUCCGCAUUUGCUCUGCCACAGCUUUAGGAGGCAACCUUGAUGAUGGCCAUAGCUGGAGAAAAUAUGGCCAGAAAGAUAUUUUGGGGGCUCAUCACCCAAGAGCAUAUUAUAGGUGCACUCAUCGCAACACGCAAGGCUGCUUGGCUACAAAGCAAGUUCAGAGGUCUGAUGCAGAUGCUUCUGUUUUUGAGGUUACAUAUAAAGGAAGGCACAGCUGCAAAGCCUCGCAUCCACCAAUGAUUUCUGGCGAAAACGAGACCCCAAAACCUCAGUCUCAGCUGCAACAGCAAGCACACAGCAGCUUGGUGCUUGACUAUGGACUAAAUCAGAAACUUGAAACCUCGGAAAAGGAUGUUGAUGUUCUUCCUCCCUUCUCGUUCCCUCCUGCAAUCAAAUGCGAGGUAGCAGACAAGGAAAACAACUCGCUCAAGUCACCGUUUACCCCUCCAUCAACAUCUGAUGAGGAGUGUAUGUACUUGUCGUUUUUGCAUGGCCAAAACGACGAUGAUGAUUUUGGACUGAGCCAAAUUCUGGACAGAUCAGAAUCUGAUCUCACUGAUCAUAUCAUUUCAACCCCAACUUCUGUCACCAACUCUCCUUUCCAAGAUUGGGAUUUUCUACCUGAUCAACCCAAUCUUGAUGCAACCGAUAUCGCAAAGUACUUCUCCUGAUAACUCUAAUUACUAUUCUGAUCUGCAUUAAUUCUGUGUGUAGCUAGCUAGCAUAAAUAAGUGUUGAGGAGAAAGGGAAUCAAUCAAUUUUCUCCUGUCGAAAUUCAAAUUUCCAUAUAUUUUUGCUUCUCUUACAUACCUAGAAAUUUAGAGUAGCUGCUUCUUUUUUUUUUUUUUUAAAUAUUGUUUUCUCCAUUUGAGCUUCAUGUUUUUCCAGUUAAUUAACAGCAUUAGCUAGAGUAUUUAGUCUGAUAAGGAUUCAAUGUAUGAUAAGAUUAAGAGGUUGUGUACUUGUUUGACUCAAUUGUACUUGUAGGAAACCAUGUUUCAA